GACAUAUAUAAGUAUGUGUAUAUAUAUCCUUCAUUAUGAUGAAAGUUAGCUUAGUAGUUUAUUUUUUUCAUACCAAAAGAUGGAUAUUUUAGUACAAAAUGGAGGUCCAAAAAAAAGGAAAAUAACAUUCUUUCGUAUCUUAGAAAAAAAUUUGUUGAUGAUGAUGAACACAAACCACUUAUUCAUAAAAUUUGGGUCGUUCUUAGCAUCCAUAAUGUUUGUUAAGGCUAUGUACGAGCAAUAUCUUCCUCAUCGAUGGCGAAACUCGAUCUCAUCCAUCCUCUAUCGUUACAUGUAUCAAUUUUUGAGUUCUUUCUCUCCAUAUCAUCAUAUAACCUUUGAAGAGUUUACCGGUGAACGAUUUAAUCGAAGCGAGGCGUUCACUAUCAUUGAAACAUACCUUAGUGAAAAGACUUCCGAAAAAGCGAGGAGAUUAAAGGGUAAUUUUGUCAAGGAUGGAAAGGAUUUAGUGCUUGGAUUAGCUGAUAAUGAAGAGGUAUUUGAUGAAUAUGAAGGAGUUAAGGUAUGGUGGAAAUGUCGUAGAAGUGUUUCCAGAAGUCAAACCAUCAAUAUCUACCCUGGAUCGAAUGAUAGAAGGAAUUUUCAGCUCACUUUUCAUGGCCGCAAUAGAGAUCUUAUCACCAAAUCAUACAUGGCUUACAUAAUAGAAGAAGGCAAAGCAAUAACAAUCAGAAAACGACAAAGAAAGUUGUUUACCAACGUUAAGGAACAAAAAGGAGCAACUAGUGGUAGAUGGACCUUAUGGAGCCAUGUCGAGUUCAAGCAUCCGGCCACUUUCGACACCUUAGGUAUGGCCGAGUCUAAGAAGAAUUACAUCAUGAAUGAUCUUGUUCGAUUUAGUAACGCAAAGGAUUACUAUGCUAAGAUCGGAAAGCCGUGGAAGCGUGGUUAUCUCUUGUAUGGACCUCCUGGCACGGGUAAAUCAACCAUGAUUGUUGCUAUUGCGAACUUGUUGGAGUAUGACAUUUAUGACCUUGAGCUAACUAUGGUCGCGGACAAUACUCAAUUAAGGAGGCUACUCAUUGAGACGUCGAAUAAGUCGAUUAUUGUGAUUGAAGAUAUUGAUUGUUCACUUGAUUUAACAGGGCAAAGGUCGUCCAUGAAGGAGGAAAAGGCUAAAACAAAUGAAGAUGAAAAGGAUGAGGUUAAGAAAGUGUUGAAGGAUCGAGUUCAAGGAGAGAACAAAAAGAGUCAAGUUACUCUUUCGGGGUUGUUGAAUAUGAUUGAUGGGAUUUGGUCUGCUGUUGGAGAAGAGAGGCUAAUAAUCUUUACGACAAAUCAUAUUGAGAAGCUUGAUCAAGCACUUAUUCGAAGGGGACGAAUGGAUGUUCAUAUUGAGCUUUCGUAUUGUUGUUUUGAGUCGUUUAAGGUGCUUGCGAAUAAUUAUCUAGAUGUUAAAACGCAUCGUUUGUUUGAGACUAUAAAGGGAUUCUUAGAAGAGACUAAGAUGAAUCCUGCUGAUGUAGCUGAGAAUUUGAUGCCGAAGUCUCUUGAGUUAGAUGUUGAUGAUUGUUUAGAAAAUUUGGUGGAAGCUCUUAAAAAGGCGAAGAUGGAUGAUCAAUUGAAGGAAGAAAGGGUGAAAUUGAAGAAGGAGAAGGAGAAGAUGGAGAAGGAGAAGGAGAAGGAGAAGGAAGAAGAAAAGGGAGAAUUGAAGGAGGAACAAGAAGUACAUGCUAAUGGAGAGGAUCUUAAGAAUGAAGAUGAAACUUUGGAUAAACCAUGAUAUUCUAAGGGAUUUUAAAUAUUUAAUAUUUAUAUUUUGCCACUUUGUAAAGUUGUUCUUGAAAAUCUUCCUUGUUUGCGCAUUGUUUUCUUAGACCCAUUUUCUUUUGUUUUGUCUAUUAUGGAAUGUUACUUUUCGCUAAGGUUAAAUGUAAUGAAUGUGAAAGUAAAGUUGUGAUUCAUUAAUUCAUUUAUAUUAUAGGAUAAUUUCAAAGAAAGAAAGCAAAAGAAAAGUGAGACAAAUAAAAAAGGUCGGAUAAAUUCAUUUUCAGUGUCUUUAGUGUAAACAACAAAAGUAUUUGUGUUAUCCCAUCACGUACAUAAGAAAAUGUA